AAGAUAUAGACCUUCUCUUGUAUAUUCCAAAGGUCCAGGGAAAUUCCAGGUCUAAUUCCAUGAAAAAUAGAGGCUUUUUUCCAUGCUGUUAAAGCAAGGUUGUAGACACUUGUGAAUUUUGGUCCCAAUAUACUUGGAGGACACAUCUGUGUCCUGGAAAAUGAUACAGGGAUGAAUAGUCUUGCAGUGACUCAUUCUGGUCAUUUGUCCAGCAUCACAGAAACCAGAAAAUGGAAAUAUGGCCAAAUUCAUGAUUUGCUAGCCCUCUUGUUCAGGUUUCUUACCUGAUUCUUAGGAUUACAGCGUUACCUUGAGGAUUCUGAUGAAGAUAUACUGUCCAAAUAUGUGCACAGUUUUGAGCAAAAUGCCUGGUAGAGAUUGGUCAACAAACAAGUAGUGAAUAAUUAUAUGAAUAUUUACUGAAUGACAUGGAUUCUAUGAAUCAUUAUGGAAUAAUUGUUGUGAUUGCUUUUAUUGGCACUGCUCAAAACUCCUCCCUGUGUGACCUGAAGUAAGCCACAUAACUUUGUGAACCUUCAGUUUCAUCAUUUUUAUAGUGAAGAAAUCUGACAGAUUUUGCUUCUGCCAGAGAAUGUCACGCCUCUCAGACACCAGAGCAUGCAUAUACAUAAAGCCUUUGAUGUAUCUCUAAGCGGUGUGCUCACAGUGUUGCUGGAGGAUGAUGGGGCUGUAGAGAGGCACGCUUUGCAAUGGGAUCGAUCCAGUCCUCCUUGCUUCACUUCCACAUGAAUGCUGGGCAGCCCAGGGUCACACCCAUUGCACCCUCGACAGCAAGCCCAGGAAGCAGCCAAACAUAGGAGACCUGGGCUACAGAACAGCCUCCCAAGUCCCAGGCUCCCAAAACCUGGGUGGCGAUGAAAGCUGAGAAAGUGAGGAGGAGGCUCAGGGAUCACUCUUCCUACUCGGUCCUGUCAUCUCCAAUUCCCCUUCUACUGCACAGCAACACGGAGGACCACCAACCACCCGACCAUCACCUUGCUCUUACCGGGUUUGGUUAGUGGGAUAUAACCACACAUCAAUGGCAUUAGACCAACUCAGAAAAAUAUGUGUCCAACAGUAUUCCAUAAGGACCGCUCAUGGCCCUGUUGUUUUCAAUAUGUGGACAACAUGAAAUGAAAACAACAAAAUCAUACCAGGUUUACCAGACUUCCCAAGAUAGAUGGUCACAUACGCUUUCAGGAGAUCUCCAUAGAAAUGAUUUUAAUGACUUGACACCUUGAAAAGAACUCUUCUGGGACUAAAUUGCCAUUUAUAAGUGACAAGAAUGAGAUGUAGUGUUCAGUCACAUUAGAAAAUUAAUCAUCCCACAGAGGAAGCUUUAAAUGUAGGGACAUCAAACUGGUCUUAAGUGUAAUGAAAAGUCUCUUCUGCCCCAAAUAUCAGUGUUGUGAUAUCUGAUAGUAAGAAAAUAUAAAUCAGCAUAACCAUGGGAUGCAGCAAGAGGAAUACUGAGCCAGGAAAGAAAGCAUUUUAAUUCAUUAACAAAAUGAAUUCCUCAUUCAGUCUCUAGUGGAUACAGAAAAAACUGCAGGAGAGUCAGAGGAUUUCAUGGCAGUGUAAUAGGCUGAUAUGUUAAACUCAUGGAAAAGCCUCCAAUUCUGUUUUAACAUAUGAGAAGGAGGGAUGACUGACUUCAUGACUAGCAUUAAGACAAUAUCACAUGUUGGGAAACUGUUUCUGCCUUGAUGAUUUUAUACACAGAAGAGAUGAAAAAAAUGAGGCACAUGCUUAGAUAUAUUGGGAAUGAGAUGGGACUGUGGCAUUGUCACAAGGGUAGACAAAUACUGAGAGUGACUGAUAGAGGAACGGUUCCCCAUUGGUUGUGAGCUCAGGUGAGACUAGUAGGCCUGAGUUUUAGCAAACCCUGGGCAGUUGGAAUGAAGAUUCCGUGACACGCCCAGCUUAUAAUUCUAUUAUUGCAACAGCAGCCCGUUACCUGGGACAUCGGCCCUGUCUCCCACACUCUUGUGAGAGUCUGAGCUAGAGGCAGCACCUUCAGCUCUGAGCUCAAGCGUUUCCUACAUUGUUUUGGCAGUUAAGGACCCUAACAUUCUGUGAGGAGGGAUUGUUCUUCUGAAUAUCCCUGGCUGUGCCUGGGUGCCCCAAAUGUCACCAUGGCGGCACCUGGCAGGGCGUGUUCCAGGCAAACCACAGAGGUGAACUUUCCUGAUAUCGUUGAGAAUUCCUUCACCCAGCAGGAAGAGACCAAACCACGUUUCAGAGACAGCAAAAAUAGACUUCUUCUGAGCCAGGUGGCCUACUUCCAGAACUACCAGCUGAAGACAGACAAAGAUCGAAAAGAUGACGAAAAACAGAAAUACAGAGACAGCAAAAAUACACUUUUUUUGAGUCAAGUGGCCUACUACCUGGGCUGCCGGUUGAAGACGGAAGUUUCUGGCUUUCUGUGUUGUGCCCCAAAAGUCAACAUGGUGGCAUCUGGCAGACCUCCUUUUAGAAGAAUCCCAGAGGAGAACAUUACAGAAGGCAUUGAGAAAUCCGGCUCACAACAGGAAGAAAACAAGCCGAAUGUCGGAGCCAGCAAAAACAGACUUCUUCUGAGCCAGGUGGCCUACUUCCAGAACUACCGGAUGAAGACAGACAAAGAUCGAGAAGAUGAUGAUGAAGAAUGGAUAUACGGAGACAGCAAAAAUAAACUUCUUGUGAGUCAAGCGGUCUACUACCUGUCCUGUCAGCUGAAGACGGAAUUCCCUGGCUUUCCGUGUUCUGCCCCAAAUGUCAUCACGGUGGCAUCUGGCAGGGCUGUUGCUGGAACAGUUCAAGGGGUGAACGUUCCAGAAGCCAUUGAGAAAUCCUGUUCCCAGUGGAAAGAUAACAAACCGGUUGUCGGAGUCCGCCGAAAUAGAUGUCUUCUGAGUGAGGUGGACUACUCCCUGAACUACCGGCUGAGGACAUAUGAAGCUCGAGAAGAUGACGAUGAAGAAUGGAGAUACGGAGACAGUAAAAAUAAACCUUUUGUGAGUCAAGUGGUCUACUACCUGGUCUGUCAGCUGAAGAUGGAAGUCCCUGGCUUUCCCUGUUUGUUUCCAAAUGUCAUCACGGUGGCAUCUGGCAGGGCUGUUGCCGGAAAAAUUCCAGGGGUGAACGUUCCAAAAGCCAUUGAGAAAUCCUGCUUUCAGCGGGAAGAUAACAAACCGGAUGUCGGAGUCCGCCGAAAUAGAUGUCUUCUGAGUGAGGUGGACUACUCCCUGAACUACCGGCUGAGGGCAUACGAAGAUCGAGAAGAUGAUGAUGAACGGAGAUACGGAGACAACAAAAAUAAAUUUCUAGUGAGUCGAGCAGUCUACUACCUGUCCUGUCAGCUGAAGACGGAAGUCCCUGGCUUUCCGUGUUCUGCCCCAAAUGUCAUCACGGUGGCAUCUGGCAGGGCUGUUGCCGGAACAAUUCCAGGGGUGAACGUUCCAGAAGCCAUUGAGAAAUCCUGCUCCCAGUGGGAAGAUAACAAACCGGAUGUCAGAGUCCGCAGAAAUAGAUGUCUUCUGAGUGAGGUGAACUACUCCCUGAACUACCGGCUGAGGACAUACGGAACUCAAGAAGAUGACGAUGGAGAACGGAGAUACGGAGACAGCAAAAAUAAACUUUUUGUGAGUCAAGUGGUCUACUACCUGGCCUGUCAGCUGAAGAUGGAAGUCCCUGGCUUUCCGUGUUCUGCCCCAAAUGUCAUCACGGUGGCAUCUGGCAGGGCUGUUGCUGGAACAGUUCCAGGGGUGAACAUUCCAGAAGCCAUUGAGAAAUCCUGCUCCCAGCGGGAAGAUAACAAACCGGAUGUCGGAGUCCGCCGAAAUAAAUUUCUUCUGAGAGAGGUGGACUACUCCCUGAACUACCGGCUGAGGACAUACGAAAAUGCCAAAGAUAUGGAUGAAGACGUUCAUGUUGUGGAGGCUGAGAAAAUAUGGGAGUCACCUGCCCCCAGGGAGGUGCAGAAGCUUGAAGUCAAGAAAGUCCCUGAAGACUCACUAGAGGAAUGUGUCAUCACUCAUUCAAAAAACUCUGGGCCUACUGACACGAGCCAGCCUCACGGAGACACCAGUGAAAUCAUAUUUGAGGAAGAGAGCGUGAACUCUGUGCUGUUUGUACAGAGUGCAUCAUCUGAUGAUGUUGCGGAGGAUGUGCUCAUCAUUCUUACAGAAGAUCGAAAAGAUCACAAUGAAGAACUGAAAUACAGAGACAGCAAAAAGAAACUUCUUAUGUGUCAAGUGGCCUACUACCUGGCCUGCCGACUGAAGACGGAAGUCCCUGGCUUUCUGUGUUCUGCCCCACCUGGCAAGCCUCCUUUCAGAAAAUACCCAGAGGUGAAUCUUCCAGAAGGCAUUGAGAAAUUCUGCUCCCAACAGGAAGAAAAGAAACCGAAUGUCGGAGCCCAAAGGAAAAAUAGACUUCCUUUGAGCCUGGUGGCCUACUUCCUGAAGUACCGGCUGAAGUCAUACAAAGAUCGAAAAGAUCACGAUGAAGAACAGAAGUACAGAGACUGCAAAAAGAAACUUCUUAUGUGUCAAGUGGCCUACUACCUGGGCUGCCGGCUGAAGACGGAAGUCCCUGGCUUUCUGUGUUCUGCCCCACCUGGCAAGCCUCCUUUCAGAAAAUACCCAGAGGUGAAUUUUCCAGAAGGCAUUGAGAGAUUCUGCUCCCAACAGGAAGAAAAGAAACCGAAUGUCGGAGCCCACAAAAAUAGACUUCCUUUGAGCCUGGUGGCCUACUUCCUGAAGUACCGGCUGAAAUCAUACAAAGAUCGAAAAGAUCACGAUGAAGAACAGAAGUACAGAGACUGCAAAAAGAAACUUCUUAUGUGUCAAGUGGCCUACUACCUGGGCUGCCGGCUGAAGACGGAAGUCCCUGGCUUUCUGUGUUCUGCCCCACCUGGCAAGCCUCCUUUCAGAAAAUACCCAGAGGUGAAUCUUCCAGAAGGCAUUGAGAAAUUCUGCUCCCAACAGGAAGAAAAGAAACCGAAUGUCGGAGCCCAAAGGAAAAAUAGACUUCCUUUGAGCCUGGUGGCCUACUUCCUGAAGUACCGGCUGAAAUCAUACAAAGAUCGAAAAGAUCACGAUGAAGAACAGAAGUACAGAGACUGCAAAAAGAAACUUCUUAUGUGUCAAGUGGCCUACUACCUGGGCUGCCGGCUGAAGACGGAAGUCCCUGGCUUUCUGUGUUCUGCCCCACCUGGCAAGCCUCCUUUCAGAAAAUACCCAGAGGUGAAUCUUCCAGAAGGCAUUGAGAAAUUCUGCUCCCAACAGGAAGAAAAGAAACCGAAUGUCGGAGCCCAAAGGAAAAAUAGACUUCCUUUGAGCCUGGUGGCCUACUUCCUGAAGUACCGGCUGAAGUCAUACAAGAUUAAAAAUGACUAAGAAGAAGAAGAAGACCAAGGCCCACCAUGCCCCAGGCUCAGCAUGGAGCUGGUGGAAGCAGAAGAACCUGAAGUCUUCUGGUACUCACUGGAUGUAUUGUAUUCAACUUAUGCAGCUUAUCCUGAGUUUUAUUUCACAUGCCAGGCUUACACAUAUGUUAUUUUUUUAUUUGUGGAAGAGCGUGUUCGCUUGACUUUGGACAUGGACAGUAGGUUUCUUACUGUGACGGUGAUGAGACUCCCUCUGGUCUACCAGGUAGGGGUCAUAUUUCCACACUAAGACAACAUGUCACAUUGGACUCUGCCAGUGCAGAGUAUGAACACCACCAUGUUCUGGCUGAAACACUUAGCCUGAGUUUUAUAGCCUGAGAUAAUUGCCAGACAACUUUAGAAUGUAGACCAGUGAGAAGCACAAGUGACCUUUCUCCUUCAGAAAGCCCAUGUCACCACAAAUCACACAACCGAAAGAAGAGACAUAUUGGGUUGAAAAAGAGUAAAAAGAUAAUGUAGCUACAUUUCUUUAGUUCUUUUGAACCCAAAGUGUCUCCUCACCUUUUGUUGUCAUUGAUGGUGGUGACAUGGGCCUGUUUGUAGAGAACAGGUCAGUUGUCUGGCUCCAUGCUCUACACUCUGAAGUUUGAAAAUGUCCUCAUGAUUAAAUUCAGCCGAAGUGUUUUUCUGGGAACACUGCAGGGUCAAUACUACCUCACCCAUCUGCAGGCAGAGAAGGUCCCGUGUGUCUUCCACCGUGAUUCUGAUACCAGGACUCUUCCACCAUUUGUUUAUCACCAUUAUUGUGAUACCAGGACUCUUCCACCAUUUGUCUACCACCAUGAUCGUGAUACCAGGACUGUUCCACCAUUUGUCUACCACCUUGAUCGUGAUACCAGGACUGUUCCACCAUUUGUCUACCACCAUGAUCGUGAUACCAGGACUCUUCCACCAUUUGUCUACCACCAUGAUCGUGAUACCAGGACUGUUCCACCAUUUGUCUACCACCAUGAUCGUGAUACCAGGACUCUUCCAGCAUUUGUCUACCACCAUGAUCGUGAUACCAGGACUGUUCCACCAUUUGUCUACCACCAUGAUUGUGGUACCAGGACUGUUCCAUCAUUUGUUUAUCACCAUUAUUGUGAUGCCAGAUCUGUACCUUUCAGAGACACCUUAUUUAUACCGAAAUAAUUGGAAAAAUGGUUUUUUAAAGGUAUUAAUAUGCUGUGUUCAAAUGAUCAUUCCCUAAAUAUUUUAUUCAUUAAUCAUCCCUGAUGGUGUCAAUUAUUAUAUUUAUGUCUCUCUACUGGAAAUUUUCAGUUUUUACUGUAUCUUUGCUUUUCCUAGUUUCUGUUGUUGGAAAAAAAAUUUCCUGCCUGAAUUUUAAUUUUUGCCAAAGUUAAUUUUAAUCUAUACUAUUACAAUUUUUUCUCUUAAGAUAUGACUAUCAGCACAUAGGGCCACAGCAAAACAGAGGAUUCACUGAUUUUGAGGCCUUUGUUAAUUUCUGGCUGACAAGAGAUGUAGUUUUCUUAGCUGCUAAUAUCUAUUUAAGUGAGUAGCCAGACUCACUUAAUGUCUAUCAGACUAAGGACAUGCAAAGCCCAGGCCAUUCUCUUUGAGUUUUUUAAACUAUUUCAAAAGAGAAUAGGUAGAUUCCACAUAUGUGGACAGGAAGGAGAAUACACUAAAAGCAACAGACAACUAUUUCCAAAAACAGAAAAUUAGAUUUAAAUAAACAUACACCAUUAAAAUUCAUUAAACAUUUUCUCAUGAAAUGUAAUCUCUCUAAACUUACCUGUUAUAUGAAAGUCAGUUCUUAAUAUUCCACACUGCAUUGACUGUUGACAUUCAUAAGAACGUAUUCCAAGUUUAUUACUUGAAAAAGCUAAUGGAUUAUAAUCCUUUUUUUUGCAGUGAUCUCUUUAAGAUUGAAGAUUUUUUUCAAAAUAAAACCAAAGAUUUUAAAGAUUGAAAAUGACAUUAAAAUUUAUCUUCUCAAAGUAA